GUGGAACUCGAGCAUCCUCGGUAGAGCAGCAGAGCCAUUUUGACCGCUUCGAUCUGAGAAGAGACGGCCGACUGACCGAGCACCUCCCCUCGGCCCUCCCGAGUGUUGAAAGCAGGGCGGAGGAGGGGGGAGCAGUGGGCUGCAGCACGCCGGCCCGGUUCGAUGGCGAGCAGCAGAGGCUGGUAGGACGGACGGAGGAGCAGACCGGCGGAGGUGACGCGUCUCCCAGCCUGCUCGGCGGAGAAACUUGAAGCCUCACACCUGGACUCUAGAGGAGGGGCUGAAAGGUGCUGGGAAGAGGCACCAUGGCAGGAGCCUCUGUGAAAGUGGCGGUCCGAGUCCGCCCCUUCAACUCGAGGGAGAUUGGGAAAGAAAGCAAGUGCAUCAUUCAGAUGACGGGCAACACCACCACUAUCAGCCACCCCAAACAGGCCAAAGAUGUCAAGAGCUUCAACUUUGAUUACUCCUACUGGUCGCACACCUCGCCUGAGGAUGUCAAUUACGCCUCUCAGAUGCAAGUUUACAAAGAUAUUGGAGAAGAAAUGUUGCUCCACGCCUUUGAAGGAUACAACGUCUGCAUCUUUGCCUACGGUCAGACAGGCGCUGGCAAGUCGUACACAAUGAUGGGGAAGCAGGAUGUCAAGGACCAGCAAGGCAUCAUUCCACUGCUGUGUGAAGACCUCUUCAGAAAAAUCAGCGACAACACAGACAACAGCAUGUCUUACUCUGUUGAGGUCAGCUACAUGGAGAUCUACUGUGAACGUGUGCGGGACUUGCUGAACCCCAAAAACAAAGGCAACCUGCGCGUGCGAGAGCAUCCUCUGAUGGGGCCCUAUGUGGAGGACCUGUCCAAGCUGGCCGUCACCUCGUACAAUGACAUCCAGGACCUGAUGGAUUCUGGCAACAAGGCCAGGACUGUGGCUGCCACCAACAUGAACGAGACGAGCAGUCGCUCGCAUGCUGUCUUCAACAUCAUAUUCACUCAGAAACGCCAUGAUGCAGAGACCGACAACACCUCGGAAAAGGUCAGCAAAAUCAGCUUGGUGGAUUUGGCCGGGAGCGAAAGAGCGGACUCAACUGGAGCCAAAGGAACCAGGCUUAAGGAAGGAGCAAACAUCAACAAAUCUCUGACCACUCUGGGGAAAGUCAUCUCCGCUUUGGCAGAAAUGGAUUCUGGACCAAAUAAGAAUAAAAAAAAGAAGAAAGCAGAAAGCUUCAUUCCUUACAGAGAUUCUGUUUUAACGUGGCUGCUGAGGGAAAACUUGGGAGGCAAUUCUCGGACCGCUAUGGUCGCGGCCUUGAGUCCAGCUGACAUCAACUACGAUGAGACCCUCAGCACACUCAGGUAUGCUGACCGUGCCAAACAGAUCCGCUGUAACGCCGUCAUAAACGAAGAUCCCAACAACAGACUGGUGCGUGAGUUGAAGGACGAGGUGUCUCGGCUGAAGGACCUCCUGUAUGCGCAGGGCCUGGGUGACAUCAUCGAGACGUAUCGAGCAUCUGACGUAGAUUUGGAGACUUUGAAAUUGACCAAUGCCAUGACAGGGAUGAGCCCGUCUCCAUCCCUCUCAGCUCUUUCCAGUCGUGCUGGAUCCAUCGCCAGCCUCCAUGAUCGCAUCAUGUUCAGUCCAGGCAGCGAGGAGGCCAUUGAGAGGCUGAAGGAAACAGAGAAAAUCAUUGCUGAGCUAAAUGAAACUUGGGAAGAGAAACUUCGCAAAACGGAAGCCAUUCGAAUGGAAAGAGAGGCCCUGCUGGCAGAAAUGGGUGUGGCAAUGCGAGAAGAUGGUGGCACUGUGGGUGUUUUCUCCCCGAAGAAGACGCCGCAUUUGGUGAACCUCAAUGAGGAUCCUUUGAUGUCUGAGUGCCUGCUGUACUACAUUAAAGACGGAAUGACCAGGGUUGGUCGUUUGGAUGCCAGCAAGCAUCAGGACAUAGGCCUCAGUGGCCACUUCAUCCAGGACGAGCACUGCACCUUCACCAGCUCCACAGGCCCAACGGGAGAAACGGUCGUCCUGGAGCCGUGUGAAGGAGCUGAGACUUAUGUGAAUGGGAAGAGAGUGACAGAACCUACUGUUCUCAGAUCAGGGAAUCGCAUCAUUCUGGGGAAGAGCCACGUUUUCCGCUUCAACCACCCCGCACAAGCCAGAGCGGAGAGGGAGAGAACUCCCUGUGCUGAAACGCCCUCUGAGCCUGUGGACUGGGCCUUCGCUCAGCGGGAGCUGCUGGAGAAACAGGGCAUCGACAUGAAACAGGAGAUGGAGCAGAGGCUGCAAGAGUUGGAGGAUCAAUAUCGCAGAGAAAGAGAGGAGGCCAACAAUCUGCUGGAACAGCAAAGACUGGACUAUGAGAGCAAGCUGGAGGCCCUUCAGAAGCAAGUGGACCGUUGUCACCCAGAGGCCUCUGAGGAAGAUGAGGAGGCUGAGGAAGAAGCAGUUCAAUGGACAGAAAGGGAGAGGGAACUGGCUGAGUGGAGUUUCCGGAAGUGGAAGGGUUACCAGUUCACCUCUCUGCGGGACCUCCUAUGGGGAAACGCCAUCUUUCUUAAGGAGGCCAAUGCGAUUAGUGUUGAACUCAAGAAAAAGGUCCAGUUCCAGUUUGUCUUACUGACUGAUACCCUAUAUUCCCCACUGCCUCCUGACUUUUUGCCCCCAGAGGCAACCCAAGACAGAGAAAAGAUGCACUUUCCUCGCACUAUUGUUGCUGUGGAGGUUCAAGAUCAGAAGAACGGAGCCACUCACUAUUGGACAUUGGAGAAACUAAGGCAGAGACUUGAUCUGAUGCGGGAAAUGUACGAUCGUGCAGCUGAUGUGCCCAACACAGCAACUGAGGAAUGUGAAAAUGCGAUGACAGGCGGGGACCCCUUUUAUGAUCGCUUCCCCUGGUUCCGCCUGGUGGGCAGAAACCCCAUUUUCAACACAUGCAUGAGCGAGCGCAUGAGUGACCCCACCCCAUCCCCGACCCUUUCCACCUCUGAAAUUACUGAACUGGCUACCUCGCAGAGGGAGGGUCGGGGGGAGGAGGAGGAGGAGAUGGAGGACCUGGAUGAUGAUAUCUUUUUGGACGACCCGAGCUCUGAGCUUGUGGCAGAGGAUGAUGAUGAUGAUGAUGAUGAUGAUGGGGGAGCGCUCUGCCGUGGCUCCAGCGAAGGCCAGGAUCCCUUUUACGACCGCUCUCCAUUAUUCAGUGUAGUGGGAAGGGCUUUUGUCUACCUGAGUAACCUGCUGUACCCGGUUCCUCUUGUCCACCGUGUGGCCAUUGUUAGCGAGAAAGGAGAGGUAAAGGGCUUCUUACGCGUGGCGGUUCAGGCCAUAUCAGGUUCUCUGUGUUUUCCUCCAGCUGAUGAAGAAGCUCCUGAUUACGGCUCCGGCGUGAGGCAGUCAGGCACAGCCAAAAUCUCAUUUGAAGAUCAGCAGUAUGAGAGGUUCCAGUCUGAGUCCUGCAGCGCCGGACUGUCCCGCACAGGGAUUUCCCAGGAGGAGCUUCGUAUUGUUGAGGGGGAGGGUCAGAAUGCUGAAGUGGGGCCGUCAGCUGACGAGGUCAACAACAACACAGCUGGUACAGAUGAGUUGGAGAAUCCACUGAAGGCUUGUCUAGAUGGUGCGUCAGAAGCCACUCUGGAGCACCUGAGGAUUGGUAAUGUUUUCACCUUCCGGGUGACCGUUCUGCAGGCCUCCAGCAUCUCUGCAGAGUACGCAGACAUCUUCUGUCAGUUCAAUUUCAUCCACCGCCAUGAUGAGGCCUUCUCAACAGAACCGCUGAAAAACACGGGCCGUGGCCCGCCUCUCGGCUUCUAUCAUGUGCAGAAUAUUGCUGUUGAGGUCACUAAGUCCUUUGUGGAUUACAUCAAGACUCAACCGGUUGUGUUUGAGGUGUUCGGUCACUACCAGAAACAGCCUUUCCUUCCCCUCUGUAAAGACGUCAUGAGUCCGCUCCGCCCUUGCAGAAGACAGUUUCCACAAGUGAUGCCUCUGUCCAAACCAGUUCCUGCCACCAAGCUGAAGGCCAUGGCUCGUCCCCAGGCGGGGCCGUGCCACUGCAAAUAUGACCUGAUGGUGUUCUUUGAGAUCUGCGAGCUUGAAGCGACUGGAGAGUACAUCCCUGCAGUGGUGGACCACAGAGGAGGAAUGCCAUGCCACGGCACAUUCCUGCUGCAUCAGGGCCUCCAGAGGAGAGUUGCUGUGACCAUAGUUCAUGAAUCGGGAGGUGAUGUGGAAUGGAGGGACGUGCGGGAGCUCGUUGUGGGGCGUCUUCGUAACACCCCCGAAGCUGACGAGACCAUCAUGGACCCCAACAUUCUCUCUCUGAACAUCCUGUCUGCCGGAUACGUCAAGCCCUUGCUGGACGACAGACAAUUUCUUGAUUCGGACAUGCCUAGGACUUUCUACCGCUUUGAAGCUGCUUGGGAUAGCUCCAUGCACAACUCCCUGCUAUUAAACCGAGUCACCCCAUAUGGAGAGAAGAUCUACAUGACCCUGUCAGCCUAUCUGGAGAUGGAGAACUGCACGCAGCCAGCAGUCCUUACCAAAGACAUCUGCAUGGUCUUUUACUCUCGAGACACUAAGCUCUCCGCUACUCGUUCAAUACGCAACCUCUUUGGUACAGGAAGCCUCAGAGCCGCAGACGGAAACCGUGUCACUGGAGUUUAUGAGGUCAGCUUGUGCUACCUGGCAGAUGCAGGGAGCCCAGGAAUGCAGAGGAGACGAAGGCGGGUGCUGGACACCUCCGUGGCCUACGUCCGCGGCGAGGAGAACUUGGCUGGUUGGAGGCCGCGAAGUGACAGCCUCAUUCUGGACCACCAAUGGGAACUGGAGAAACUCAGUCUUCUCCAAGAUGUGGAGAAGACCAAACAUUACCUUCUUCUGAGGGAGAAGCUGGAGUCCACCUUACUUAUGGGCCAGGAGUCUCUUCAGUGUGGUACAUCGGAGGAUCUGUGCGAGUCUCCAAAGCCUUGUGAGGUGGAUCAGGAGGCCAGCUGCAGCUCUGAAAUCACCACUGAGAGGCAGAGGGAACUGGCCGCCAAGUGUUUGCGGCUGCUCACCCACUCCUUUAACAGAGAGUACAGCCAUGUGUGUGUGAGCGCUAGCGAAAGCAAAAUCUCUGAGAUGUCAGUCACAAUGCUGAAAGACUCCCCUUCCACCUACGCUCUUAACACAAUCACACCCUCCUCAACGUGUCCUUCGCUGGUUGAUGGCAGCUACAUCACGGCUGACCUCAGGCUGCCCAGGCCUCGACCCCGCGCUGACACACAGCAGGAGGCAGCAGAGGCCAAGGCACCUGUCAACGGUGCCUCUGACGCCAAGCCAGCGACCCGCAGAUUUGUCCCUGACAUCCAGGAGAUCCGAGUCAGCCCCAUCGUGUCAAAGAAAGGUUAUUUGCAUUUCCUGGAGCCGAACACCAACGGAUGGGUAAAGCGUUUUGUCACCGUGCGGCGGCCGUAUGUCUACAUCUACAACUCAGAGAGAGACACUGUGGAGCGGGCUAUUCUCAAUCUCUCCUCCGCUCAGGUGGAGUACAGCGAGGACCAGCAGGCCAUGCUUAAGACUCCAAACACGUUUGCCGUGUGCACGGAGCAUCGUGGGAUUCUGCUCCAAGCUGCUAAUGAAAAGGAGAUGCACGACUGGUUGUAUGCUUUCAAUCCUCUCCUUGCUGGAACGAUCAGGUCAAAGCUGUCAAGAAGAAGGGCCGGACAGAUGAAGAUGUGAAAGAAAGAUGACUAGAACACACACAAUUCCUUGUCCUAACGAUGUGCAGAGCCCUGUCAGCCGCCACCGCUCUGUCCAACAGUCACGUCUCCUCAGCAUUUAGCGUCCACACUGUUUCAUGUCAGGCCCUGUCGACACUCGCAGCCUUUCUGUGUGAACCAACGUCGCCCCUUUGCUGUACAGAAGUUCAUUCUUAGCUGGACCACUUGCAAAAACGGAGGGGGGCAGCAGUUUCUACAAACGAUUGCAUUUGUGUUAUAAUUAACUGUAGUUGUUGUUGGUGACACAUCAAGCCUUAUGCAUUUAUUCCUUAAAAAUACAGCAGUGAUAUGUACAGAUCUCUACCUAAAGCUGCCAGGACAGUAAGGACUUCUCCUUUAGUCAACAGAAAAGAUGGCUUCCUUGUGCAUUCAUUCAUACAUCUAUACAGUAUUUAAGCAGGUUCACUGAGGGUUGUCACAUUUACAUCAUGACCAAUCAAACAUUCACUCAUAAAUUCUUCCCAGUUCUUCUCAGUCUUUGUUUUAAUAUGUGAUCUAUUUAGAUUUGUAACAGUUAUUUAUUUCUGCACGUAUUUAUUUACAAAGACAUUUAUAUUUCUAAAGUAGAACGUAGUACAGUGCAAUUUCUGCACACGGCACUUUUAAAUAGGUUGCUCGGAUGUUUGAAAAGGACAGGCCUGUCCCUACGCUGAGAAUGCUCUGGACAAAACUUGACCAUUGGAGAAUUGGCCAGUCUGCUAGCGUUAAGGACCACUUGAAAAAGGUCGUAGUCUUCAGGAUUAGUUCUCUUUCGCAGAAAAAUAUCAGCGCAUCAUUGGACGGAGAUUCUUACCCUUCUCUAUGCUUUUUGAAGCAGAAACAAGUCUGUUCUUUACAACACUCCUAAUGAAUCAGUCUCUUUAUUGAUGAAUAUUCAUAAAUUGCAGUGCCUCUCUUUUCAAAUCAACUACACAGUCUGCCUCUGCACUAUUUGCUUUUUGUCUACAUCCUUCAUACUGAAAAUCUACAGUUGUUCUCUUCUGGUCGUCACUCUUACAGUCACUUUCCUCAGCAUCUGCAUGUUUGGAUCUUUGGUUUAACUUGUACGAACGUUCAAGUUUUGAAACAAGAACACAUCCAUCUUUUUUUUAAAUCCUGCAACAUCCUAUAUAAAGUGGAGGUGAACAACUGCACCAUGGGUACUGCUGACAAUGAGCAGGAACCUGAAAGCAAACGGUGACUUGGAUGGAUGAGCCUGCCUCAGGUCAUCCAGCCUAGAGAGCAUGCUCAGUAACAACCAGGUGAUGUACAUGCAAACGGGUGGAUCUGAAGUCUGAGGUUUGGAGCGUAUCACCAGGUGUUUGUCAUUCCUAAAACGCUUGUUUUAGCCUGUAUUCUGUGUCUCGUGGAAAUUUUUGAAGUGAAUCCAGUUCAACAUUUUUACACUUUCAAGUGUUUCUUUGAAGUAUUGUUUUUAGUCUUUCUAGCUGGAUACACAAGGUCGCAUCAACAUCCAACCAUCAUGAUGGAAACCUUUCAUCCAGCGGUACUUUAUCAUCAUGAGUGUGUGAGUGUGUGUGUGGGAAUUGCUCACUGUCUUUUACUGAGCUCCAUCAUGUUUUCAUCUGCAUCACAUUUGAACCAACCAAAGUUUUGUUGCUGCACUUAUAGAAAGACUCACACUGAAUGUACUGUGCUUCUGCUCAAACAGCUUCUGGAUCCUGUUGUGGUUCCUUUAUGAUUGUAGAACGGAAACUUUUAGGAGAACCACAUGGAGACUAGAAGAGGCACUGGAAUAACCUGCUGGUUGAUGCAUGGGAGGAUUUUAGCUCUGAGUUGCUAAUUUAUACCUUGUACAGAAAUCUGCUACUUUCAUGCUAUUUUCUUGUCACUCUUCCCUCACCAUCACACUCUGGCAGUCUUUACACAAAAUACACAUUUUUCUAAUCCUAUGACAUCAUUUUACGGUCAUAGCUGACAUGUCUGUGCUUCCACAUCUCUUUUCUGCAUCCGUACAUCUCCGUUCUUUCUUCAAAUUGGCAGUGUAUAUAAACACGAGUGCUGUGAACAGUGUACUAUAACGUUUCACCCAUGUACAAACUCAAUGGGGAGUAGUUCAGUCUGUGUCUGAGUGUUGGAGUUUAGUGUCAGGUGUUUGUGUACACUAAACACCUUGUCAUAUACUAAAUAAACAUGGAACUUAUGCAACACAAAGAA